GUUCACAGGAAUAUUACUUUCCCGCUGACAUGUGCUUGAGAAUCAUUUGAUUUCAAAAUGAUUUUCAUGUGCAUGUGUAUUAUUUUGGGUCUCCUUCUUUCUUUUGUUGUAUAUAAAUAUGUGAGGCCAUUUUAUCCAGUAAAAGUAAACUGCUGGUUUUGUUCCACUGAUGCGGUUGUUCCAUAUGGAAAUAAAAACUGCUGGGACUGUCCUGCAUGUCAGCAGUACAAUGGAUUUAAUGAGGAUGGAGAUUACAACAAGCCUAUUCCGACCCAGUACAAUGGAGAUUUGAACCAUCCUGUGUCCUGUGCACAGGGCGAUUAUAUCAGCAAUAAUGAUGUCCUGUGUGAGAAUUGUACCAGAAACCAGCUUCUGAAAACCAAGCAACUGUCAGCAUUUGUACCUCUGAAUGAGGCUAAUUUUGACACAGAAGUGACAGCCUUUGAGGGAUACUUGGAAAAACUGUACAGACUCUGUCCCGAGUGUCAGAUGGUGGUCAACAAGGAAUUGUCCAAACAAGAUGAUAUCUUACAGCAGAAACUGGACACUUUCUACACAGAAGCUUUACCCACACCAUCAGAAGACUCCCAGAUACAAGUGCCCGAGAAGUCUUCGUCUCGGCUGUUGAUGAUUGGUCGACUUCUGGAGGUAGUGUCUACAGUCUGUGCUCUUCUGUUGCUUCUUCACUACCUCAGCACAGCUUUCAGCGUACAUGAACACCUCAGAAGGUACCUCAGAGGGUACCACCAGGUUGUUGAAGUGUUCUUGGUCAGCAUAGAAAGUUACAGGAAAUUGAUUGGAAUGCUGGGGUUGACUAUGAGCAUUAUCAGUAAAAUUACAGUCGGAAAAAACAGACUACGCCUCUUUGAUGCAUUACAAAUUCCUCUAUGGCUCAGUGUUCUGUUCCUCCUGCAAGAAAACAGCACUUCUCCUGUCUUUAUGAAGGCAGAACCCAUUCUUCUGUUAGGGAACUGGUUAACUUCCUCUUUGUGUCUCUUAUCAGCCAGGAAGUCAAGAGCUGUACCCAAUAUCAACAUUAGACGGCUUUCUUUGGAUGUCAGCAAGUCGUCAUCAUGCCCUUCUGAUACAUCUAAAGGUAGUGUGUUAUACUCAGCUAGUCAGGUUUGUGGUGACCAGGAUGAAGGGUCAGAGGUCAUGGAGGAGGAGUCAGUAAUCUUUGAUGACACACUGUCUGACCUUGAAGCCGUAUCUCUAGGUCUUCCUGGAAGCCAAAGGCAGAAAAACUCAGGGAUGUUUAGCAGUUCCUUUACCAGCGUCAGUCAAGCACCUUCUAACUUCUCCAAUAGGUCCGUAGCGCACGCUCUGAAGGCUAGGAGACCUCUGAUUAGUCCUGCUAAAUUUAGCUUUUCCAAGCAGCAGAGAUCUUCAACACCGACAAAAUUUCAAGUUUCAACAACAAGAAGUCCGUUUGCUGUGAAUCAUGGUCCCUGUCUGCAAGCCAAAUCAACGAAUCUAUUUCUACCUCAGCCAUACCAGAAUGGUUUUCAAAAUGGAGGCUCUCAUUUGUCAGCUAGCUCCAGCUUCCAUGCCCCUAGGUCAUAUGAUAGUGGUGUAAGGUCAAGGAUUUCUGAAAAGUUCCAGUACGAGGAGUCCGAUCAUUCUGACAACAGUGAAACAAAGAGUGAGGCCAGCAGACAGACGUCCAUUUGUCCUGUGGACAGCACUACAAAACAGUCUACUGGAUUCUCAUUCAGAUUGGAUGCCGCUGGAAAGACGACCUUACUAUAUCGGAUAAAGCUUGGCGAGGUCAUAGAUGCAGCGCCCUCUAUCGGUUUCAAUGUCGAGACUAUUCAACACAAGAACAUAAGAUUUACAGCAUGGGAUAUCGGUUGUCGGGAGAAAAUGCGGCCAUUGAUUCGCUUCUACUAUAAAGGAACAGAUGCCGUCAUAUUUGUCCUUGAUAGAAGUGACGAAGAAAGAAUGGACGAGCUGUAUCACGACAUUUUACUUCCCGCUAAUCUGUCACACGAACUUGACCAGGCCGUAUACCUCAUCCUAGCUAACAAGUCUGAUCUUAAUGACGUCAUGUCAAUGGAAGAUAUCACGGAGAAACUAAGACUAAAUCAACUCAAGAGAGUCUGGAAUUUGUUUCCGGUAUCGGCCAUAACUGGAGAGGGAAUAGAAGAAGCAUUUGAUUGGUUAGUGUCUCAGUUAGGUUCAACGCAAUCCAAGAAACCUGCAUCUGGUGCCGUGGCGCAGGAUACUAGAAAUCAGACUCAGAAGUUCACUUAUGGAAUGGAACAAUGUACAAGGGCAUUUAGCUCUCUAAAGUGGCUUUUUAUGAAAUCAAGUUCACAAGAGUCAGUGACAGAUGUUGAAGAAGAUGGUGCUAAUGCAACAUAAACGUAAUCGCCUUCCCAACCCAUGUGUAAUCAUUCGUGUUAAUAUAUCAAACAAUAGUACUGUGCAGCAUAUUUUGAAAAUGAUUUUCUAUCGUUACAUUUAUCUCAAAGUUUAUUUUGCAAAAAUGUCAUUAUAUUGUUGGUGUUUCGUUAUUAAUUACUAAGUAGUUAUUUCGAAGUAAAACGUGUCUGCCAUAUGCUCUAAAAUAUGAGACUAGUAGUGCAAGAUGACUAAAAAUGCAAAUAGUAUAAUAAGAAAGUAAAUUGUGAUUUUAAAAGAAACCCAGAUAUAGUGAUCUGUUUAAGAUGUAGAGAAAAAUGAUGCUAGCAUUUAAUGUAUAUAUCUGUGAUAUACUUUAAUUUAAAAAAAACCAACUUAUUUUCACCUUGUGUGCAUGCAACAGAUGAAUUGAUUCCCCAUUACUGAUUUCAAAAAACCACAAGUAGAGAAUUUCCAAUUUCAUCCCUCUAUUUUACCAAAACGAGAAAAGCAUAAGAAAAAGUCAGGAAGUGAAAAAGGGUUUUAAUAUAUGUGUAUAUGGUGUAGAGUUUGUUGUUUCUUGCUCACACUUGUCGUAUAUCUGUAAAGAACAUAACUAUACAUGUGCACGUAUAUAGUCAUCUGUCUAUAAUAAUUGGUAGUUGUUUUAUCUGAUACCUUCAUUUACCCAGCCGUAAGUAGCUGACUCAGACCAUCUGACUAUAAUUAGUUUAAAACGAGUGCAUAUUAUACAUUUUAUAUCAAAUCGAUGAUUUGUUUGUUAAUUCCGUUAAGUUUGCAUUCUUACUACCAUUAAGCUUUAACUGUGAUGUGGUUGCCAAUAAAUAUGAGAAAAAAAAUACACGUGUC